GCAAUAUGAAUUUGUAUGCUGGACAUAAAUGCAUCUCUACAGAGAGAGAGAUCGAGAGAGAGAGAGGAGAGAGAUGAAGUCACGAUGUGAUUAGUGAAUCAGCGAUGCACGCAUACAACAGGCUCCCGAACAGCGGACACACCUCGCCAUCUCCCCCAGCUUCUCCUCGCCGUUCUCCUCGCUUCCGUCACGUCCGUACAAAACACGGCCGAUUCAACUCGCCCACCCCCUCCGCCUCCUCCCCCUCCGCCGCCUCUCCCAGAACUCCAUCUCACCGCAUUGCUCGCACUCUACUCUCUCUCCUACUCCGUCGCCAGGGCAUCUUUCUAUUCGCUCCACUCAUUUACAUUCUCUGUAUGUUGUUUUACAUUGGCUCCGUCUCUUUCGACGUCGUUCCGUUCAUUAAUCACCGCCCUGCCCCUGGCUCUGUUUAUAAGUCUCCUCUGUUUUAUGAGAAGCUCAAGAAUGAGAUGGAAGCCGAUACUUCCGCUUCCGAUGCGAUUUCAAGUAUAUGGAAACUUAGCCAUAAAGGCGGUCAGUGGAGGCCAUGUUUAAACAAGCCUUCUGGAGGAUUACCUGAAUCAAAUGGAUAUAUUUUAGUCGAGGCAAAUGGUGGCUUGAAUCAACAGAGGUCAUCGAUAUGUAAUGCAGUUGCUGUGGCCGCGUAUCUUAAUGCAACGCUUGUCAUUCCGGAGUUUCGUUAUCAUAGCGUUUGGAAAGACUCUAGUGAGUUCAAAGACAUCUAUGAUGAAGAUUUUUUCCUUAGGACCUUGAAAAAUGAUGUACGAAUUGUCGAUAAAAUUCCUGGUUACUUGAUGGAACGCUACGACAUAAACACAAGCAAUAUACUCAAUUUCAGAGUAAAAGCCUGGGCCCCCGUUCAGUUCUACAAGGAAGAAAUUCUUCCCAGGCUACUUGAAGAAAAGGUGAUAAGGAUUUCUCCUUUUGCAAAUCGUUUGUCUUCUGAUGCUCCUCUACCCGUUCAACGAAUUAGAUGCUUAGCAAAUUAUGAAGCUUUACGGUUUUCUAGUCCUAUAUUAAGUUUGGGUAAAUCUCUGGUUUCAAGGAUGAAAAAUCACAGCAUGAAAAAUAAUGGCACAUACAUUUCCGUGCAUCUUCGUUUUGAGGAGGAUAUGGUUGCUUUUUCCUGUUGCGUAUAUGAUGGCGGGAAAAAAGAAGAGGAAGACAUGAAAGCUGCGAGGGAGAGAGGUUGGAGGGGGAAAUUUACAAGGGCUGGUCGAGUUAUUCGCCCAGGAGCUAACAGGAUAGAUGGCAAAUGUCCACUAACACCUUUAGAGGUUGGUUUGAUGCUCAGAGGGAUGGGGUUUGACAACACCACAUCUAUAUAUUUAGCAUCCGGAGAAAUAUACAACUCGGAUACUUAUAUGGACCCACUAUUGGAAAUGUUUCCCCUAUUACAAACAAAAGAGACCCUGGCAUCUGAGAUGGAACUAGCUCCAUUUAAGAAUUUCUCUUCAAGGAUGGCUGCUAUUGAUUAUACUGUUUGUCUUCAUAGCGAAGUGUUUGUGACAACUCAGGGGGGUAACUUCCCUCAGUCUAUGUUGGGCCAUAGAAGAUAUAUUUUUGGUGGACACUCAAAAACAAUCAGGCCUGACAAGAGGAAGCUAGUCUUGUUUCUUGACAAUCCUAAUAUAGGGUGGACGAAUUUUAAGCAGCAGAUGCUAUUUAUGCGAACUCAUAGUGACUUGAAAGGGUUUGAACUUAGGCGACCACAUGACUCUAUAUAUUCAUUCCCGUGUCCAAAUUGCAUGUGCCAUGUGAAUAAAACAGAAGAUACAUAGUGCUUGUGUUUGCGGAUGACAGCCGGCCUUUGAUACUUUCACUUCUCCGUCAACAAGAGGCAGAUACAUAUGUUUUGUUGGAACUUCAAUGAUUGAUUACUCCAUAAGGAAGGAUACUCAAAAUUUUAACUGAAAGUGCUUCUGUUAUUGGAAAUAAUAACAGAAUAAGGGGGCAUGAGCGGAACUAACAUCACACGGGGGCAUGUGGCAACUGCUGUGCUAAACAAACUGUGAGAUGACAUAUUGCAAAUUUGUGAUGAAUAUACAAAGUGCACAUAUCUUUGUUUUUACUUUUAGGUAGAGUGUUAAUGGUAGUUGCCAGGCGGCUAGAAAAUUGUCUCCACUGAUCACACAAUUUAGCAAUCUUAGAACAGUUUUUUUUUUACUCGACAGAAAUCUUAGGACAGUUUUGAUUUUGUAAUGAUCUUAAAUUCAUAGCAUUUCAAAUGAUCUUACAUUUGUAGUUCUUCUAUCAUGGGUAGUUGAGUACCGUGUACAAUGUCUCUUUUAUUAUAUUCGGCACGUAUUUGUAAAUUUAUCGGAUUUUGUUAUUAACA